AACAUUUUUUUUUUUUUUUCAAUGAUUGUGAUAACACAAGUUGAAGUAGAACAAGCAGAAAAUGAAUUGGCAUGCUGUUGUAUUGUUGGCCUUGCCUUCACUAGUAUUAAUUUCUUGUGAUGAUGUUGGAAAUGAUAUUAGAGCCCAAGUACCAGUUGAUUUUGCAGCAAAUUUAAUAAGAUUUCAUAGAUUGAAUAGUCAAGAGACGAAUAAUAAAUUGAUUAAAAUUGUGAUUCAAGAUUCUGAUUGUAAAGUUGAAAACUCAAAUAACCAUGGCUAUAAUUUUCGUAGAUUUUCACCAUGUUUUUAUAGUUCAAGAUUUUAUCAAGCUGGUGGAAAACCUUGGUAUUGGUCAAAUGAUAUCAAACCAUUGAAGUGGAACGAACUGAAUGACUAUUUUGAGACUAAUAAAAAAGCUAAAUUGUGAAUAAAAAUACUACUAUUUUAUAUACUACAUAUAAAAUUAUUUAGUUUAAACAAAAACUGGUAGAUAAUAUUUUACAACAAAAAUAUCUCCACUAGCAAGUAAAAAAAUAAAUAAAUCAUAUAUUUAUACGAAAACGUUUGAUAAUUAUCUUGGCAAUAAUAUAUAA